AUGGCCUCCAUGGUAGCUGAUAAUUGGGAAUCAGUUGAUGGGUAUGAUUAUUUUAUCAAUACUGAAAAUUCAGAAAUUGGUGAGAGUGUUCUUAUGUCUCUACUCGAUGAAUCACAAAACGAAGAUUGCGACGACGAAAGAUUGGAAAAUGUGAUGCGGUCUCUAGAGGCCGAAAUCAUGCCCAACAAUACUAAUUGUUAUUCAUUUGAUAAUCUCGAAUGGGAGAGUGGUCCAGUGGAGUGCCAAUCGUCGAGUGAGGAGUCGGUGAAUGAGCUGGAAAUCGAGAUGGAAUUCUCGAAACUACAUGAUCUCGAUUUCCAAUGGAUGGAUUUGGAGAUGGAUCCUUCCUCACCAUGUGAUGGUGGCAUGGCAAGUUGGUACAUGGAUCCAUAUGAACAAGAGAUGGGUGCAGUGACAGACUUUGGUGGACUAAAAAAUUAUUCUCAUAUUAGCUAUGGAACUCCAUGA